AUGUCUACCACAUCCUCCGAGAAAUCCUUAGAACAGUCGCAUGAGACGGUUAACAAUCGUCUCACCGAAGUCGGUGCGAAGGACCAGCGUGCCUACGAGCGUGCUAGGCACCAGACGAAGGAGCGGCGGGAGCACGCGCAAGUGAAGGAGCGCAAGGAGAGAGCGGCUGGGGGAGUACCAGCACCGGUGCCAAAGCAAGGGCACGCGAGCCGGGCUGCUAAGAGGGCAAGCUUGGAACUCUGGGAUGGCGAUGAGCCUGACUCUCGUAUACUCGCUGGAUCGGGGCGCCCCGUUAAUGUUACACCAGUGACGAGAACCAAGUCUGGUUUCUCCAAGAUGGCGCUUGCGGAUUUCGUGACGUUCAAGACCAAGAAACAAUCCAAGGCACAAGAUACUGACUUCGAGGUCCUCCCGCCUGUCCGUUCAGUCAUUGCUCUUGAUGACUUUGGUCAUGACAUUGAGAUCAAUGAGCCUUGGGAAUUCAUCUCUCUUGCCCCCGAAUCACCCGCUUGCAAGGGCCUAUCGUAUGCUCAGGCUGCUGCUUUGACGCUUUAG